CCGGUGAAAACGGAAAGAAAAUUUCGAUUCAUCGUCGCCGUACAUCACACGCUACAUUCCUUUCUUUUUGCAUACGUUGCCAAAACCCUAACUCAUUUCUCCACUACAGUCUUCAUUUUUGUGAUUAAAACUAGUGUCAUCAAAGCAGUAGCAUAGAGAGAGAGAGAGAGAGACAGACAGAGAGUUCCAAGUCAUGGCUAAAAGCUCCUUCAAGCUCGAACAUCCCCUCGAAAGGAGGCAGGCAGAAUCUGCUCGAAUCAGGGAGAAGUAUCCUGAUAGAAUACCGGUUAUUGUGGAGAAGGCUGAACGAAGUGAGAUACCCAACAUUGACAAGAAGAAAUAUCUGGUUCCUGCUGAUCUGACUGUUGGGCAGUUUGUAUAUGUGGUCCGAAAACGAAUUAAGCUUAGUGCUGAGAAGGCCAUAUUUAUCUUUGUCAAGAAUAUCUUGCCACCAACUGCUGCCAUGAUGUCUGCCAUUUACGAGGAAAACAAAGAUGAGGAUGGGUUUCUUUACAUGACUUACAGUGGGGAGAACACUUUUGGAACAUUCUGAGUGUUGUCUAGCUGAAUUAUAUGUGAAUUAUUUUUUAAGAAGCAGAUCGAGAUUAUGUAUAAUUGGUGCAUUCCAACUUGAGGAUUUCUCUUAAAAAACUCGCUCGGACUCUAUGGAUCAUUGUAUAUACUGUGUGGUAAAUGUUAUAUAGUUAACCCUUGGAAUA